AUGGGAGCGCUACUAUGCUCCGACUGCAGUCACGCCCCGGAGGAUGUGCCAGCUCAGCCCAUGUCCGAUUCGAGAGGGGCAAGUCGACCAGUUGCUCCUUCGGGUGCUUCCAAGUUCUUGCUACAGGUGAAGCUGUUCCAGCGACUGCCGGAAACAGAGCUUCCCACACUAGCGUCGGCGUGCGAGCCGAAGACGUUCCGUUCUGGUGACAAAGUGAUCACCGAAGGAGACGUCGGUGACGCUUUUUACAUCAUCCGGUCCGGGGAUGCCUCUGUUUCCGUCGGCGGGAAGGAGGUGGCAGUUCUCAAACAAGGCGACUACUUCGGAGAGAACGCGCUGCUUCGGGACGAGCCGCGCACAGCUUCAAUAGUUGCCAAGUCGGAGCUGCAAACCUACAUGAUCUCUCGGACCAAGUUCGAGGAGAUGGGCCUCAGAGAGAAGCUUGACUUCCCGCAGCGAAAGGCUGUUGCUGGUGGGGCAAUCAAAGAGUUGGAGGUCAAACCGCCCAGCCCAAAGACGGCCGAAGAGCGGAAGCUGAUGGUCCAAGCUCUGAGAAACAAUCAGAACCUGCAAAGCUGCGUUUCGCUAGACGACAAGCAGGUUGCUGUUCUGGUCGAUGCAGCAUGGAAAGAAACAGUUCCCAUUGGCAAGGAGCUGAUAAAGGAGGGUGAUCUCAACGCUGAUUAUUUCUAUAUAGUUCAGAGUGGGAAGUUCUCCAUCUCAGUGACGCAGACCGAGUCUCAGGCACAAAGCGCCAAUGCAGCGCAGGCAGCAGCGCAGUCCCUUGGUAUCGUAUCCGCUGGCGGUAGUUUUGGUGAGCUGGCACUGCUGUACUUUGCGCCACGCGCUGCAUCAGUGCGAGCAGUGCAGGACUCUGUGGUCUGGGUCAUUGACAGAAAGACCUUCAAGUCGACACUCGCAAAAUCGGCGCAAGACACCGUCAAGGACUAUGUCGGAUAUCUGGACAAGGUUCAAGUGCUUGCCAAGCUGAAGCCAGAUGAGAAGGAGGCGGUUGCGAAAGCCCUGACAGAGAUGUCGUUCUCAAAAAGUGAGGACGUGUUUCAGCAGGGUGAGGCAGGCGAUGCGUUCUACAUCCUCGUUGAGGGCGAGGUUGCUGUCAUCAAGGACAGCACGGAGCAGACGCGAUUGAAAGCCUCUGGCAAGGAGGCUCCCAUGUUUGGCGAGCGAGCGCUGCUCACCAAGGAGCCUCGAAUUGCUACCAUCACCGUUACCUCUGAGACAGCGAAGGCCUUAGUCAUGGACAAGGAGACGUUCGAGAUGAUCUUGCAGCCCCUUGACGAACUCAACAAGCGCGGGAAGGAUGCCCCGAGCGCUGUCAAGAAGGAGCCAGCAGUUCGACCGAACACAGGUUCCCAAAAACGUUUCGGCAACAUUGAAAGGAAGCACUUGAAGCAGCUUGGUCUGCUCGGCUGUGGCGGCUUUGGUGCCGUGGAGCUUGUGGAGCACGUGGAAAACGGCAACACAUACGCCUUGAAGGCACUUAGUAAAGGCUAUGUUGUGAAGUCCGGUAUGCAGCAAAGUGUGAUGAGCGAGAAGAACGUCCAGCUGAUGUGUGAUUCGCCCUUCAUCGUCAAGCUCUUUGAGACUUACAAUGGCAGCCAGACGCUCUACUUUCUGCUGGAGUUGGCACUCGGCGGAGAAUUGUAUGCGACGUACAACAAGAAGGGGCUCUUCGGGAAGGAGCCCCAUGCCAAGUUCUAUCUCGCUGGAGUCACGCAUGCGUUCGAGCAUCUGCACAGCAAGAAGAUUGUGUUCCGUGAUCUCAAGCCGGAGAAUCUGCUUCUGAAUGAGCAUGGCAAAGUGAAGCUUACCGACAUGGGCUUGGCGAAGGUGAUCAUCGGGAAGACGUACACUACGUGCGGUACUCCGGACUACUUCGCGCCAGAGCUCAUCGCAUCUACUGGCCACACGCAUGCAGUUGACUGGUGGACCGCCGGCAUUCUCCUUUUCGAGUUGCUGAGCGGCCAUCCACCUUUCGAAUCCGCGUAUCCGAUGCAGAUUUAUCAGAAGGUCACAAAGGGAAUACACAAAGUUGCCUUCCCGCCAAAGUGCAGAGGACCUGCUGAAGAUCUUGUGAGAUGCCUGUGCAAAAAGGACCCAUCCGAAAGGCUUCCCAUGAAGAAGGGGGGUGUGGCAAAUAUCAAGAAGCACAUGUUUUACAAGGGCUUCGAUUGGCAGGCAUUCCAGGACCUCACCAUGGAGCCGCCGUACAAGCCUCAGGUCAAGAGCAAGAAGGAUAUGUGCAACUUCCACGCUCGGAAAGAUGAUUUGCCACCGCAGGUGCCUUACAAGGAAGACGGCACGGGUUGGGACAAGGACUUCGCUACCAGCACGUAG